AGACCUGCACCCUGCAGCGUCAGUCAGUCGCUGGCAGCUUGGCGCUCUUUUCCUUUUCCGCGUGCAAGCGCGUCGGGCUGACAAUAAAUACUGCUAGUUUCGUGGGCAAUAGGCAGCAUUACAUUGUUACGAUGACAAGUACUGACGAUAUGGACCUCGACAAGGAGCGUCGCGAGCGCAUGGCGAAGAACCAGGCCAUGCUCGCCGAGCUGGGCGUGAAGCAGGCCAUGGUCGCGGCCAAGCGCGCGGCCGCCGAGGAGAAAUCAGCGGCGGUGGGCCCCAAAGCGGCCAAGCCCGCUGCCACCCGCAAGCCCCGGGCGCCCGCCAAGCCGAAGGUGGUCCUGCCGGCUCGCCGCAGUGGGCGCCUGGCUGGUGCUGACGCCCCUACCAUGGCUGAGUUGGAUGACGACGGCAAGCCCAUCGGGCAGGCUGAGGAGGAGGGGGCCAACCAGGGCAGCGGCGACGAGAGCGAGGAGGAUGACGGCCUGUUUGAAAUGGUUGACAACAUGGACCUGAGGGCUCGGGCCGGCCGUGGUCCUCUGACGGCGGCGGGGGUGGAGGAGCUGGAGGAGCCGGCGGGGGGCUCGCGCGGCGGCGCCGCACAGCGGCGAGGCAAGAAGCUGAACAAGCGCGGCAUAUGCUGCCACUUCUGCCGCCAGAAGAAGCUGUGCGGCGAGGAGGACUGCCCGCACUGCGUCCACAACAACAACAAGGCGGAGUGCAUUGGCAAAUCCAUGUGCCGCCGGUGCAUGUCGUCCAACGGCAUUUUUUGCCGCGCUUGCCUCGACUGCAGGUACGGUCUGGAGCUGGAGGAGGUGCGAGCCGACCCCAACUGGAUCUGCGCGCAUUGCUACGAGGAGGAGCACGGACCCUGGGAGAAGCACGGCUGGUUCUGCAACAGCUCCUUCUGCGUAUCAAAGAAGGGCAUGAAGCCGACCGGCAUUGCCAUCUAUGAUGCCAGGCGCCUGGGCUACAAGAGCGUGGCGCACUGGCUGCAGGCGCUGGCCAAGGCCCUGACGCCGGCAGAGGUGGCUGCGGUCAAGGGGGCGGGGCGCCAGGGCAGGGAGGUUGGCGAGGAGGCGGAGGCGGGCAGGGUGGAAGCGCAGGCCGUGCCUGGGGCUGACACCGCUGCGGGCUCUGCCACGGCGCCAUCUGCGGAGGAGAUGGGCGAGAAGUGCAGCCGCAAGCGCAAGGCGGCUGCGGAGCCAACGGUGGAGACGGGCGCGGAGGAGGGCGCGGAGGACGGCGCGGAGGAGGGAGCAGGUGAUGCGCACACGCAGCCGGAGCCCAGCAGCAGCCCACGCGGGGCCCAGCUGGAGGGCGGAGUGGAGGCGGGUGUGGAGCUGGAGGCGGAGGAGGAGGAGGCCGAGGGGGGUGCGGGUAUGGGUUCGGGUGGGCAGCAGGCGGCGGAGGCGGACGGCCUGGAUGUGCCGCUGCUGAAGCGGCGCCGCGGGGGCCGCAAGGCGGAGGCGGCAGAGGAAAAGGUAAAGCAGCUGAACGCAGCGGCGGAGGAGGCGGUGGCGACUGGGAAGGCUGAUGAGCCCCUGGCGAGCCGCCGGCGGACCGCAAGGACCACGCGUGUGCGCCCCUGACGGGCUCCUGCUCGCGGGUUGUGCGCAUAGCAUGCUGCGUACCGGUACUGAACGCUGAUGACCUUACUGGGUGCUGACGCGGAUGACCUUACUUACUAUCUGCAUCGAGGGACUGAACAGUGCACUGAUUAGAUUUCGGUUGAAAUACCGGCAUGGACAUGGGGCGAGCACGAAAGCAAUGUGGACGGCUUGUUGCGACAAUACACAGGACUAUGAUAUUGACCUUGCAACGCUUGUGGACUGGCGUAUGAAGCAGACCAUAUUAUGGACCGUGAGUACCAUAUGUUAACAUUGCUGUCUCUGGCCUUGCUGAGUUAGCCAAAAUGCGGUCUGUGGGUGCGGAACAUGUGUGGUGGUGUGAUGCCAAGGGUGGGGGCCGUGUGUCGGGCCCGGGUCACAGGUAGAUCCCCAGCUGUAAAUUUGUACUUAUAACACAACCAUAGACGGUGGCGUGGCAAUGGACGUCCGGAGAAAUGUGACGAGCAUUGCGCGGUGCUACGGGUAGGGGCAACUUGGCGGUGGCUUGCGCGGGUGACCGGGGGUGGGCCCCGCCUGGCCCCACCGCUUCGGCCAGGCCAAAACGCGGGUCGUGUGGUGGGAAGCUGGUUACUUUUGUGUUCAGGUGUUUUGAUAAAGCUUCCCGGUCGGACCCAUGUUCACGGAUGGGUUAAGCAAUCUUACGUAGGUGGGCUUCAAUUUUAAGGGCAGCCUAUGCGCUUGCGAGCUAGGGACCGGCAUCGGGAGUAAUGCCGUGCCCCCUGCCGCGGCACGGCAGGCGGAGUGGUGGGAGGUCGUGUGGUGUGGUGCUGUUAUAUCAUGCAUAGAAUCAUACACCUGCUGGUCCAUUGCAAAGGUAAUGCGCAACUUCGAAAGGCAGGGGGAAAUGGGCAGGAGGCUCAUUGUGCGGGUGAGGCGUCCGCAGUGCCUGAAUCCAGUUUGAAUCCACGAAACCAAAAUGCGGG